AUGCAUUACUGGGUUCAAGCUUCUCCUGUUGAUUUUACGGGACCUCUUCCCCAGCCUCGCAGUGGUCAUACGGCCGUCAUGGCUGGGAAAUCUAAGGUUGUCAUCUUUGGUGGUCUUGUAGAUAAGACAUUCCUAAGUGACAUCUAUGUUUAUGAUGUUGAAAAGAAGAUGUGGUUUACGCCAGACUGCAGUGGAAAUGGGUCUGAUGGGCAAGUUGGUCCCAGCCCCCGGGCAUUUCAUGUUGCCGUCGCCAUUGAUACUUUAAUGUUCGUGUUUGGUGGGAGAUCUGGUGGCAAAAGGUUGGGUGACUUUUGGCUUCUUGAUACUGAUACUUGGCAAUGGUCUGAGCUGGCAAGUUUCGGUGAUUUGCCCUCACCGAGGGAUUUUGCAGCAGCUUCUGCAGUUGGAAACCUGAAAAUUGUCAUGUUUGGUGGUUGGGAUGGCAAGAAGUGGUUGUCGGAUGUCUAUGUCCUGGAUACGACAUCACUUGAAUGGACAGAGCUGGCAGUCACUGGAACAUUACCCCCUCCUCGGUGUGGUCAUACAGUUACCAUGGUUGAGAAGCGAUUACUUGUCUAUGGUGGCAGAGGUGGUGGUGGUCCAAUCAUGGGUGAUUUAUGGGCUCUGAAGGGUCUAAUUGAAGAAGAGAAUGAAUCACCUGGAUGGACCCAAUUGAAGCUUCCUGGUCAAGCUCCUUCUCCUCGCUGUGGGCAUACUAUAACUUCUGGUGGGGUUAAUUUAUUGCUCUUUGGAGGACACGGAACUGGUGGUUGGUUGAGUCGAUAUGAUAUCUAUUACAACGACUGCAUUAUCUUGGACAGGGUUUCUGCACAGUGGAAACGAUUGCCUAUUGGCAGUGACCCUCCUCCUGCUCGAGCAUACCACACAAUGAUGUGUGCUGGGCCACGUUAUCUGUUGUUUGGUGGCUUUGAUGGGAAGUCGACAUUUGGUGAUAUAUGGUGGUUGGUGCCAGAAGGGGAUCCUAUAACCAGGAGGCUGGUUGCAACUCCAAGAAAAAAUGUGCAGGAAACUUUUGAUGCCAGUAUGACUAAACAACCAUUACUAGAGGAAAAUCAAAGGGUGGGAUCUGCUGUGUUAGAAUUGCAGAAGAGGCUGGAAGUAUCAGUUGCGCUUCCUGCAUCAGGUCUGGAAAUCGUAGAUGAGCAGGAAGAUAGAGAAUUACUUGAACUUGUGCCGAGUUCUACUAAUGAGCAGGGAAUUAGGUUAGUUCGUGAUCAUUGGAGGACAGCUUCACCUGGAUCAAUAGCACUGAAGGAGAUUGGACCCUUGCUUCGUGACUACCAACGAAUGAUUGCUCGGCGCUGUAGUAAUGCUGAUUUGCAGUCAAUUGAGGCUGGUAUUCUCGAUAAAGAUGUUUUUCGGUUCUAUCACUUUCGAAAUGCUUCACAGUUGCGAAUGGAUGAUAUUUCAAAGCUGCUGGAGGAAUACAAACAGCUUUUAUCGGAGUGA